GGGAAGACAGCAGUUGCAUACUUACAUCUAAUCUUAAUCUCCCAUUUGUCAAAGAAGCCUCCGAGAUCCUUGCUGCUCUUUGUGAGAAGCAUUCAGUCAACUGCUGUGGUCUUGAUGAUCACAUCCCUGAUUGAUGUCGGACUGUGUCAAGUGGAAGAAAUGUCAAGGAUGGGAGUUAGAGCAGUCUCGCUAGACAAGGAGACAGUGAGGGAAGCACACCAAAAAGGCAAAAACCUGCUAAAGAAGGUUAAACAAGGGAAGUGGUCGGUUAUCAUCAUGUCUCCAGAACGGCUGAACUCACCGGAAUUCGAGAGAAUUGUACAAAAUGAAUGGUUUAGGAAGCUUCUUGCUUUGUAUGUCAUCAACGAGGCUCACGUUGUCCUUGCAUGGGCCGCAGACUUCUGUGAAGCCUAUGGUCAGAUCAACCACGUCAUUGCGCGCAUCCCUGUCGGCAUUCUUGUCCUGGCAAUGAGCAGAACACUAGGCUCAGAGGCCAAGACAUCUCUCACCAAGUUUCUGGGAUUUUAUGAUGGGACAUAUCAGACAAUCCAAAGAUCCUGUGAACAACCCAACCUACGUAUAAUAUUUAGUACACUCAUGCAUGGACUUGGCGGGAAGGACUUCCCUGAUAUUGCCUGG